UCUGAUGUAUUCAAGGCUUUUGUGGGACCACUGCCGGACAGCUUUCUGAGAAUAGAGGAGCGCAACGCGCAGUUGCAGCAGGAGGCGGCGGAUCAGCAAGCUGCUCUGGCCUUGCAGCAGCAGAUGCAGAAUAUGCCGGUGGCUCACGAUCCACGGAUGGGUAGACUUAGUAUAACAAUUUCUCAGGCCAAAUUAGUGAAAAAUUAUGGAAUGACAAGGAUGGAUCCUUACGCGAGGAUACGAGUGGGACACUCGGUGUUCGAGACGCAUACAGACUCAAACGGUGGGAAGAAUCCACAUUGGAACAAAGUAAUCCAGUGCAAUCUUCCACCGGGAGUCACCCAGAUAUAUGUAGAAAUUUACGACGAGUGUUCCUUCGUGAUGGACGAGCUGAUCGCGUGGGGUCACAUAGAUAUUCCACCGCAGGUCAUUCAGAAGGGAGAGACGCACGAGGACUGGUACAUGCUCAGUGGGAAGCAAGGCGAUAAUCAGGAGGGCAUGAUCAAUUUAGUUUUCAGUUACACGGUAAAAAUAAUUACACUGUUUUCUUAUGAUACAUAUUUGUAUCACUAAUUUACAAUAUUUGUA